AUGGGCAUCCUAGAGAAGAUUGCUGAGAUCGAGCGUGAGAUCGCACGCACGCAAAAGAACAAAGUUAUACCAAAGUACUGUAUAAAGUCGAAAAGAAAGGAUUAUCCGUACUUUGGUAAGUGGUUCGUGCGCAGCGAAGCGCAGCCACGGCGCAAACACAGCUCGGGUUAAGUUCCCAGCUCGGGAUCCUCCGCUCCCAUCAUGAAGCUCCACAAGCGACGGCGCUGCGGACGCGGCUUUGACCCCUUCUGCUAUGCUGUGAAGGUGACCGUGAUCUGUGCUCUGCUCAGCCUCGCCGCCAACCAGCUGGCAGGCUCCUCCAGCGUCGGGUAUGGGAGCAGUUUGGGCAGCGAGUUCGUGCCCUGCACUCAGAUCAGUGUCCAGAAGCGCUGGACACGCAGCCUGGCGCGCAUGAACAGCGAGAGUCCGCUGCGAGCGGCGGAUCUGAACGGGGAUGGCGUCCAGGAUGUGAUCUUUGGCUAUGGCGUGGACGACAACAUCCACUACGAGGGCAUACCCCUGCCCAGAUGCAAGUCCUCCCAGGGCGAGGACGAGGUUCCCUGCGAGGGCGGUGUGGUGGCCCUUAAUGGCAGGGAUGGCUCCAUUCUGUGGCAGUCCUGGAGCGUGCCCAAUGUCUUCUCGCUGCACUGCAGCGCCGAUGUGGACGGGGAUGGCGGCACGGAUUGUGUGGCAGCUGGAAGACUGGGGAUGAUUUAUGCCAUCAAUGGACGCACUGGCUCGGUCAUCUGGCACUUUCGUGAGCUGGAGGUGGAGACCAAUUCCCCCAUCGUCAUGGAUCUCUAUACGAUCAAUGUUCUUCGCGAUCUGGAUGGCGAUGCAGUUCCCGAGGUGAUUGCCGCCCAUCUGGAGGAGCGCGAAGAGUCUAAGGCGGGGCACAUCAAGCUGAUCUCCGGGAAGACGGGCAAGGUCAUCCGCAGCAUCCCCACGCCCUACCGCGAGGAGAUGUUCGUGCCCAUCCAACUGCUCACCCAGGCGGACGGCACCGAUGUCCUGCUGAUCCUCACGGGUGGCCAGAACACCCCCGGAGGAGUCUACUCCCUCCGCCUGCACUCGUUGAUGGCCCACACGAGUGAGAAGCAUUUCACGCCGCUCUACCAGCAGCCGGGAUCGGGUCUGAUGGUCCCUGCCGUACUCACCGAUCUCAAUGGAGACGGCAUCUCCGAUGUGGUGGUGGCCGCCUUCAACAGCACCGUCUACGCCUUCAACGGUGCCAACUACAGCGUCAUUUGGAACUACACCUUCCCCGCCAGCGAGUGCGUGAGUGCCAUCGUGCCGGGCCACUUCAACCACGACAAUGUCACCGAUUUCAUGGUCAAGUACAACUCGGGACCGGGCUUCCCCGUCUACUACUACUCGCAGACCACCAUCCUGGACGGACGCACAGGACAGCCCCUGCUCAACGCCAUGAUGACGGAUGCCGGUGGGGCGAACAGUCUCCUCGGGGGAGUCUCCAUUUCGCAGAGCUUCGGGGGAGACUUCUUCCUGCACUGGCAGAUCCAGUGCCGCAAUAAACCCAAUGCGCGGGAUGCCUACGAGUUCGUGCCGGACAGCGACAUCAUCCUGCAGGCCCGGGCGGACACCUGUCGCCUUCGCUACAAUGAAUCCACGGUGCUGAAGCUCUAUGCGAUUGCCCGGCACAUUGAGCCGCCAGGAGCGGUGCUCUUCAGCACCGACGAUCUGGAGGUGCAGCUGAAUCGCACACAGCGGCCAGCUCCAGCCGGCAAGAAGUCGCCGCUCAAGCACCCGAAACUGCUCAAGAAUCUGCUGGCAAGGGAGCAGCUUCAGCGACGCAAGGAGACCACAUCAGCCACACAUCAGCCACAUCAGCCACAUCAGGCCACAGCAGCCGGCGAGGAGAGAGGAGGAGAGGAGUCCGAUUGGUAUUUGGCCUCCAUUUCCUCAACUGUGGUGCUGCUGAAGGCCCUGGGCAAUGCCAGUUCGUCGCUGGACUUUGCCUUUGUGCUCAACAUACGCGAAUCGGAGGCCUAUCCGCCGCUGUUCUCCCCCCAGGAUCUCAGCUGCGUGGAGGAGAAGAUCAGCGCCUAUAAAAGCUAUACCAUCGAUAAUUUGCGCGUUUUGCGCAAACAGUUCCUCAAGCAGUGCCUCAACGAGCGGCUGGUGGACUCGGAGCCCGCACUGCCCAAGUACGAGUCGCAGUUGAUUGUGACCCGCAUUGGGAUCACCUGCACCUGCCGAUCGCUGCAGCCGGGCGAGGUCUGCUCCGAGCUGGAUCCCCUGGACGCACAACGUUGGACGGAGUUCAUGGGUAACCAUGGUCAUGGUUACUAUGCUAGUCGCUAAUCGCAUAAGGACAUGAUCGGGUAGAGACAGCAGCUGCUGUUUGGUUUUUUCUCUCUCGGUCUUACUCUAUUUGUCUCGAUGUCACUAUUGUAACUAAUCGCAACACAGAUGUGUAUUUGUGUAUAUUUUAUGAGUUUUUUAAAUAAAUAAAGUACAAUUAAU